AUGUGGCUGGCGCGACUUCUCACUUUCCUAGUUUGGGCAUUGUCCUCAUGGGAAUCGGAUGGAUAUGUCUGGCCUUCGCGAUACGACUUCUUGGAAGACUUUCUCGCAAUUCAUUCCGGAGCCACUAUUUUUGGCUUCAUUGUCGCCUCUUGCGGUAACGGUCAAAACAAUGUCGGUCGUCAAAACUCCGCUGAAUGGAUCCGAGCCGCGUUCCACGAUGUUGCUACCCAUGACAAGGGAGCCGGCACUGGUGGCCUCGAUGCAUCUCUCAUGUACGAGCUAGACCGCGAUGAGAACCUUGGAAAGGCAUUCAAUCGUACAUUUGCAGACAUGUCUAGUUUUAUCAACCCAAGAGCUAGCGCCGCCGAUCUGCUCGCACUUAGUGUAGUGACCGCCGCGGCUGGGUGUGGUGGCCAGAAGAUUCCUUUCCGAGCUGGCCGUAUUGACGCUAUCAUGGCUGGGCCUCCUGGAGUUCCGAAGCCUGAACAAUCUCUGGAAAGUCAUAGGACGACUUUUCACCGAGCCGGAUUCAACGAUAGCGAUAUGGUUGCGCUCGUAGCCUGUGGCCACACACUCGGCCGAGUUCACGGAGACGAAAACCAACAUGUGACGGGCGGCGAGAUGUCCAAUACGAAUGUGGUCAGCUUUGACAAUACUCCUGCCGCCUUCGACACCGCCGUCGUUCGUGGAUAUCUCCAGAACGACGGUGUCAAUCCGUUGGUGUUCAACCAUAACGACACCCUAAAUUCGGAUAAGAGGAUCUUCGGCGUUGACGGCAACAUCACUAUGCAGGCUAUGGUAGACAGUGUCACGUUUCAAAUCACCUGCGCAAGUGUAUUCGAGCGAAUGAUCAACACGGUUCCUGAUUCCGUCAUCCUGAGCGACCCGCUAGAGCUAAUCGACAUCAAGCCGUACAUAGACACUCUAGACCUUAGCAAUGACGGCACAGCAAUCAUCUUUAAAGGGCGAAUCCGCGUGCGUACAACAAAUCGCGACCCGGAGGGAUUCGGCAUUGCUAUUGAAAUCUCUCAACGCAACGGACAACGAACACUCAUCCAAACCUCACGAGAUCGUUUCCAGGGUGGGCUGUCCACGGGUUUCUUUGGAGAGUCUUUUGCCUGGUUUCACUUUGAUACUCAAUUGGAUCCAGCUACUGGAAUCUCGGGCUUCAACGUACAAUUAACGGACCUCUCUACUGGCCAAGUCGAGACUUUUGACAACGGUGGUACAGGCGGAUUCCCAGUGACUGACGGUUUGAUUUAUGCGGCAGAUAGGUCUUGCUUGGAUACUAACCCCGGAGCCGAUGGAAACAUGACCUUAAAUGUUGUAGCUAUGGUCCGAGAGGAUCUGCUGCCGGCUGGCAGCGAUGUCUAUCUCGAGCUCACGCACCGAGUUCAUCAGCAGAACAUAAUGUUACCCAGGCUGCAAACUGAGAGCACACCGAUGGUUAUGGGUAGCGCACAUAUCAGAGGUUUUGUGGAAUUCACUAGAACGAUUCCUCUGGCGGCAAACGGAUGGAAUACAGUUUUUGACAUUGUGCUGGUGACGGGGGAUGGGGAGCUGAGGUCUGAUUUUCAUAGUUCCGGCGCAUUAACAAGUGCAUCGUGCUCUUGA